CUCAACUACACGGCGCCUCAGACAAAACCUCCACCAAGAACUACUGGCGCCAGAGGCCGAAGCACAGCCUUCAUUUCAUUUGAAAGACUUCACUUCAAUUCUCCCCCAAAAGUCUCCCUCUACUCUCAAUUCGUCAACACUUUCACUAUCAAUAUCAAAUCUCUUCCUUCUCAUCACGCCUCACAGAAUACACAUCAUCCCACUGCUUUGAUUUUCAUUUUGAUUUUGCGUUUCUUCCGGUUGUCGUCGUCGUCGUUUUAAUGGCCGCCGCAGCCGUAGACCCUUCCUCACUCCAAUUCACCUCCACUUGGGCCGUGGCUGCUGUCUGCUUCUUCUUCAUCUCCCUCUCUCUGUUCCUCGAGCAUUUGAUUCAUCUCCUCUCCAAUUGGUUGAAGCGGAAGAGGAAAGCAGCAUUGUUCGAAGCGGUUGAGAAGCUAAAAUCAGUGUUGAUGCUUCUAGGGUUCAUGUCGCUAACUCUGACGGUAACUCAACAGCCAGUAUCUAAGAUUUGCAUUCCAAAUAGCGUAGCGUAUACCAUGCUUCCGUGCCAGAGAGAAAUACAGAUCACUGCCAAUAAGAAUUUAGAGAUGGAGCAAUUUCGAUCAAAUCAGUCGUCGUUUUCAUGGCUGCCGGAGAAAGUUGAGAGUAGUAGUAGCGGCGAUUCUUCUUCUUCUUCAUCUUCUUCUGAUUACUGUACUGCGAAGGGGAAAGCGUCAUUGAUGUCACAAGGUGGAAUGAAUCAACUCAACAAUUUCAUCUUCGUGUUGGCUGUUAUGCAGAUUGUUUACAGUGUCCUCACCAUGGCGUUAGGAAAGGCCAAGAUGAGGCGUUGGAAAGCUUGGGAGGAAGAAACUCAUACGUUGGAUUAUCAAGUGGCCAAUGAUCCAAAUCGUUUUCGGCUGACAAGGCAAACGACAUUCGGACGUCGGCACAUCAGUUCUUGUGCAACUCCACCAUUGCUUCUCUGGACUAAAUGCUUCUUCAGACAGUUCUUUCGUUCUGUGGCCAAAGUUGACUACUUGACCCUUCGCCAUGGUUUCAUCGUGACUCAUGUACCUGGAAACAUUUCCUUCAACUUCCAAAAGUAUAUUGAGAGAUCAUUGCACGAUGACUUCAAAGUCGUCGUUGGUAUCAGUCCUUUCAUGUGGCUGAUAGUAGUUGUCUUCAUUCUUGUAGAUGUACAUGGCUGGAAUGCAUAUCUCUGGGUGUCUUUCCUUCCACUAAUUAUAGUGCUAGCUCUUGGAACCAAACUUGAAGUAAUAGUAGCAAGGCUUGCCCUUGAGCUUCAAGACAAGACAGCUGUGGUCAAAGGAGCUCCAAUGGUGGAACCAAGUGAUGAUCUUUUCUGGUUUAAUCACCCCAAAUUUGUUCUCACCCUUCUUCAUUUCACUUUAUUUAUGAAUUCCUUCGAAUUUUCGUUUUUCAUCUGGGUUACGCUACAAUAUGGGAUAAAAUCUUGCUACCACGAAAAGUUGGUGGUCAUCGUCAUAAGAGUGGUCUUAGCGGUUACAGUCCAAGUGUUGUGCAGUUACAUUACUCUGCCUCUCUAUGCUCUUGUCACACAGAUGGGGUCACAGUUCAAAGCUGCAGCAUUAGAAGAACACACAGCCAAAGUCAUAAAGAAAUGGCACAAAGAUGUGAAACAAAAGAGAAAGAAGCAUUCCCAUCCCCAUGACCUCGACUCGAGCCAGCACCAGGAAGGCUCGUCUCGUUCCGCUUCCGAGCGCCCGUCAUCUCGAGCUCUCGAUAGCAACAUCGUCCAAACCCUAAGCUCCGAAGAGAUGAGCUCUUCCCAUCAUAGAGCUCCCACUUUUUCUGAGCUCAACAGUUUCAGUAUGAUUGAAUGUGAUGAAAUUGUUGAAGAGGAACAUACAGAAACUGUGGUAGCAAAGAAUGAAUCUGUUGUUUCAAAUAAGGUAUUGGAGAUAAAAAUAGGAGAGACUAGUGAAAACCAUAAAGAAAAAAUUACCUUAACUCCUCAAAAUGAAAUUAGACGGGUUUCCUAGAUUUUGGAUUGAGCUUUUGUCAUUAAUUUGAUGUAAAAACUUUUGGUGUUUGUGCUGUAAAAAUAUUGUCCCAUCUGAUGAGUAUAUAUAUGAUGUUCAUAUAUUUAUUAUAA